AAACAAAACCCGUAAUUUGUUAAUAAUUCUCUCUCUCUCUUUAACACAUACAUAUUUUUCUCCCAAAAUCACGAAACCUCCUACGUAGAGAGCCUCCUCCUCCAGCCGCUACCCGCCAUGUUUUCAGAGAUUUUCUGCACAAAAUACAAUACGCAUGUCAAUGCCCUACAUUUCUCCCUCUCUCGCCUUUUUGUUUGACUCUCUCUCUCUCCCCCCCUCGUUCCUAUUUAUCUCUUUCUUCGCUGCGCAAGAGUACAAGAGCCAUGCAACGAGCAUGUGACACUCCUCUCCCUCUCAUUAUUCUCUCUCAUUAAAGGUUCACAUUCUCCUGCGCAACAGCACAUCUCUAGCUUGCGAGGCGUCCGUUCGUGUGAACCCUAGACCUCCAUACAGAGGCUUAAGGGAAACGCAAAAAGGACUUGCGAGUUCAUCAUGGAGAUCGGUACUGAGGACCAUCAUCACGCGGAAGCCAUGGGCGGCUCCGGAGGGGGCUCGCCGGCGACCUCGCGGUGGAACCCGACGAAGGAGCAGAUCGGUAUACUGGAGAGCCUGUACAGGCAAGGGAUAAGGACGCCGACGGCGGAUCAGAUACAGCAGAUAACGGGGAGGCUCAAGGCGUACGGCCACAUCGAGGGCAAGAACGUGUUCUACUGGUUCCAGAACCACAAGGCCCGGCAGAGGCAGAAGGAGAAGCAGGAGAGCCUGGCUUACCUCAACCGCUACUUCCACAAGUCUGCUCGCACCGCCUUUCAUCCUCCUUGCCCAAAUGCUGUUUGUGGACCGUACUUCGUGCCGCAGAGUGACAUAGGGACGCUGUACCCACAAUGCCCGAAGGUGCUUCUUCCUUGUGGCAUCAAGAGGAGACAGAAGACUGACUUCGUGGAGAGAACAAAAACAUUCUGUCGUACGGGUUUUGCGUACCCCGCGCACCCCCAGGGACAUCAUCAUGACGUGACGUUCCACCAAACAACUGAGAGCAACAACGACAGCACCGUCGAGAGAAAUCAAGAAACUUUGGACCUCUUUCCUUUGCACCCAACAGGCAGGGCGGUACAAGAUACGUCAAAGUGUUCUCAAGCUGAUCACGACUGUUCUCGUGCUGAUCAAGACUGUUCGGCAACGACCUCCACUUCUUCUUCUUCGGAGGCUCGAGAUGGUGGUAACAACGGUGACCAGCCUUUCUUUGAUUUCUUCUCAGCAAACGGAUGCUUCUGCGAGAGAGACUAAGAUCAUCCGAAUGGUGGAUGGUAAAGAUGGGUGUUAGUCCGAUUGGCGUUCUUAUUCUUCUUUGAAAGCUAGUAUGAUGGCGAGGAGGUUUUGAUGGAUAAUAAGAGGGUUAUUAUGAGAGGAAAGUCAUCAACAAUGUCUCGUUUUCUCAUUUUUAAUUUUGG